AAUAAAGAAAUAAAAAACGAAGAAAACAGCUGCAAAUAAAAAGAAAAAAAAAAGUGAUAUAUUCCUCAAUCCAAUUUCAUCUACUAGUUUCGUGUAAAGAUUCAGCAGCUUUUCCGAUUUUCUGAUCAGAUUCAGAUUUGUUUGGAUUUUGAUGGCUUCGAAACGAAUAUUGAAGGAGCUGAAGGAUCUCCAGAAAGAUCCUCCUACUUCAUGCAGCGCUGGCCCUGUUGGAGAGGACAUGUUUCACUGGCAGGCUACAAUAAUGGGCCCCUCUGAUAGCCCUUAUGCUGGGGGUGUUUUUUUGGUCACUAUCCAUUUUCCUCCGGAUUAUCCAUUCAAACCUCCUAAGGUUGCUUUUAGGACAAAAGUUUUCCAUCCAAAUAUCAAUAGUAAUGGGAGUAUAUGCUUGGACAUACUGAAGGAGCAGUGGAGCCCUGCCUUAACUAUUUCCAAGGUUUUGCUUUCAAUUUGCUCACUUUUGACGGACCCAAACCCUGACGACCCCUUGGUUCCUGAGAUUGCUCACAUGUACAAGACAGACAAGUCCAAAUACGAAGGAACCGCCAGGAGUUGGACCCAGAAGUAUGCUAUGGGUUAAAACAUUUAACCUUAUGAUGGCUUGAAUUGAUAUAAACAAAAACAAACUUCAAAUGUUUUAUCUUCUCUAUUCUCCAUUAACUAUGUGUAGAAUAGCAUUAGGCGUUGCUCCUCUACAGGAAGAACGAUGAUGCUUUGAAUUUCUUUAUGUAUGAAUGCUAAUAUUAGAAUUUUGAACAUGUGUGGGAAGCGUAUUUAUCUGGUUUUGGAUUGUUUCUUUU